AGUUGGAAUUCCAGUAUGGCCAAAGAGAAGAAGCUGAAACUCAGCAAUACUGUGUUGCCCUCUGAGUCCAUGAAGUUGGUGGCAGAGUCCAUGGGCAUUGCUCAGAUUCAGGAGGAGACUUGCCAACUCCUGACAGAUGAGGUCAGCUACCGCAUCAAGGAGAUUGCCCAGAAUGCUUUGAAGUUCAUGCACAUGGGAAAGCAGAAGAAACUCACUACCAGUGACAUUGACUAUGCAUUGAAGCUAAAGAACGUGGAGCCACUGUAUGGCUUCCAUGCUCAGGAAUUCAUCCCUUUCCGGUCAACCUCUGGUGGGGGCCAAGAGCUUUACUUCUAUGAGGAGAAGCAAGUGGACCUAAGCGAUAUCAUCAACACCCCUCUGCCUCAGGUGCCUCUGGAUGUCUGCCUCAAAGCACUUUGGCUGAGCAUUGAAGGCUGCCAGCCAGCUAUACCAGAGAAUCCACCCCCAGCACACAAAGAGCAGCAGAAGAAUGAGGCCACAGAACCCCUGAAGUCAGCAAAGCCAGACCAAGAAGAUGGACCCCUGAAAGGCAAAGGUCAAGGGGCAGCUGUAGCUGAUGGCAAAGGAGAAGAGAAGAAAGCACCUCCUUUGCUGGAGGGAGCCACUUUGUGCCUGAAGCCCUGCAGCAUCCAUAAGCUGUCAGUGGAACAGCAGUUGUAUCACAAAACGAUCACAGAAGCCUGUGUAGGAUCCUGUGAGGCCAAGAGAGCAGAAGCUCUGCAAAGCAUUGCCACCGACCCGGGGCUCUAUCACAUGCUACCAUGGUUCAGUAUCUUCAUCUCUGAGGGGGUCCGUGUAAACGUGGUUCAGAAUAACCUGGCCUUGCUCAUCUAUCUGAUGCGCAUGGUGAAGGCCCUGAUAGACAAUCCCACGCUGUAUCUAAAGAAAUAUGUGCAUGAGCUGAUUCCAGCGGUAAUGACCUGCAUUGUGUAGAGACAGCUGUGUCUGCAGCUGGAUGUGGACAGUCAAUGGGCACUCCGGGAUUUUGCUGCCUGUCUAGUGGCCCAGAUCUGUAAACAUUUCAGCACAACCACCAACAACAUCCAGUCCCGGAUCACCAAGACCUUUACUAAGUGCUGGGUAGAUGAGAAGACUCCGUGGACAACUCGAUAUGGCUCUAUUGCAGGCCUGGCAGAGCUGGGACACAAUGUGAUUAAGAUGCUGAUUCUGCCAAGGCUGCAGCAGGAAGGGGAACGGAUCCGCAGGGUCCUGGAUGGGCCUGUGCUGAGCAACAUUGACCAUAUCGCAGCAGACCGUGUGCAGAGCCUUCUCCUGAAACACUGUGCCCCGGUACUGGCGAAGCUGCGCCCUCCACCUGAUGAUCAGGAUGCCUACCGGGGAGAAUUUGGGUCCCUUGGGCCCCUUCUCUGCUCCCAUGUCGUGAAGGCCAGGGCCCAGGCUGCUCUACAAGCUCAGCAGGUCAACAGGACCACACUCACCAUCACACAGCCUCGGCCCACACUGACCCUCUCGCAGGCCCCUCAGCCAGGCCCUCGGACCCCUGGCUUAUUGAAGAUUCCUGGUUCCACUGCCUUGCCUGUCCAGACACUGGUGUCUGCUAGAGCUGCUGCCCCUCCUCAGCCUUCUUUUCCUCCAACCAAUUUUAUUGUAAUGUCCUCAUCUUCCAGUGCCUCUUCGACCCAGCGGGUCUUGUCCCUCGGCACCUCAGCUCCUGGCUCAGGCUCUACCAUUACCUCUCCUGUCACCACCACGGUUCCCAGCGUGCAGCCCAUCAUCAGAGUGGUCUCUAAGGCCACCACCGGACCCCCAAGCACAGCCCCUGCUGGCCCUGGCCGUGUUCAGAAAUACAUUGUGGUCUCCCUUCCCCCAACAGGGGAAGGCAAAGGAGACCCUCCUUCUCAUCCUUCUCCAGUCCCCCCCUCAUCAUCUUUGCCAUCCCCACUUGGGGGCAGUGCCCUCUGUGGGGCAAAGUAGGAAGCUGGGGACAGUCCACCUCCAGCUCCAGGUACUCCAAAGGCUAAUGGCUCCCAGCAAACUGGACCUGGCUCCCCUCAGCCUGCUCUGUGGUAGCAGCAUAUCUGCUGACCUCCUCUU